AUGCUUCUCACAACGUCUUUCUUUUCCCACCAAAUGGCGCAUUGCUCUCCAUACACGCCACCACGCUCGUCACCAUUAUCUGAGCGCUCCGGAAACGCGCAACCUCCAAUCUUCGACUUCACAAUGUCUUCGCCCAUCAAGGAACAAUCAACAACUCCACAGCGCACAUUCAAGUCCAACCCAGUUAUGCAAACGCGCGAUGCAGCAACGAAGAGACGAAGAGACAUGUUCUUCAAGCGGGUGCAAAAUAACCGCGACGACAAGAAAUGGGAGUCACGAGGCGAACAGAUUCAACAACUGGAUUUUGUAACAGAACGCAAACGCUGGGAAGCAGAGAAGGCGCGUCAGGCACCACCAGUAAAUGACGACAUUAUCGAGGAACCUUCCGAGGACGCGCAAUUACCUACCGUGUUCAGCAACGCGCCGCAAUUUGACCCUGACAUGACCGAGGCCGACUACAUCGCCGCCCAAGAAGAGUACGAGCUUCAACAGUUGAUCGCGUCCAUAGAGCAGGAACCGGAUGCGCAGCCACAUCACUACGGUAGCGACGAUGAAGACUACGACUCGAUAUUCAUGGAGUGUGCAAUGGCUGAGGACAGUCAGUCACAGCAGCCAUCGCAGACGGUGCAGAAUGGAUUUGGAAAUGAGGAUAUGAUGGAUACUGAUAUGAUGGAUUUUUGA